AUCUUGUGUGACAUCAUGAUUAAUGAUCACGCGCUUUCAUUUAUUGUAACGUCACGCAACAAUCUACAUUAAAAAAUAUCAACAAAGAUACGACAAUAUCACUCUGUACUAGAUUCUUAUUAUGCUACUAUAGGACCCCUAUCACGACCUUUAUAGAUAAUAAUAAUGCCUCGGAGUUAUUUAUAUUUGGAAAAUAUGAUAAAAAUCUUUUUAUUAGUUAGUUGUUUCCGAGUUCUAGUUGGCGCGAUUGAAUCAACACCCUUUGGUGACGUUGAUGAAAGCUCGGAUUUUGCAGAUGAGGAUUCUGAGAUUUACGAAGACGAGCCGAUUGACCAUUCGGCAUUUUUACAAAUCGACAAUACAGCUGACCUUCAUAUACCAAAGCAAACAAAAAGAAUGCGAAAUAGAAUAAGAGUAAUGUUAAAAGAGAUGGAUAGCAACCAUGAUGGGAAAGUAUCUGAAAAAGAAUUAAGUGAUUGGAUAGAAAAAGUCAUGACGGAGUAUCUAACAUCGGAAGGACAAAAACAAAUGCCCAAGAUAGACAAAGAUAAUGAUGGUUUAGCUUCGUGGGCAGAGUAUGCAGCGGCUGCUGGAUAUACCCAAGGUGAUGCUCCCGAGCCAAGGCAGAGUUCUGAAAAGAGUAAAAAGCGUGACAAGGAAAAGUUUGAUCUGGCAGACACCAACAAAGAUGACAAGCUGUCAUACUAUGAGCUUGGUGUCAUGAUACAUCCUAAUGAAGCUCCUCAAAUGUCCCGAAUCGUAGUGACGGAAUUUUUGGAAGUAAUGGACAGGGAUCGUGAUGGACAGCUGUCAUUCAACGAAUUUACAGGUGAAGAUCCAAGUUUGCCUACAAUAAAUGAAGAUGCCAAAAAGCAAUUAAAAAAAGUCUUCAAGGGGCUGGACUUCGAUCAAGAUGGCAAGCUUAAUAACGAAGAGCUCAUUGAUUGGCUGCUGCCUAACAAUAAACUUCCACAUCAAAGCGAGGCUGAAAAUAUGAUGAGAGAUAUUGAUGACGACGAGGACGGAGCCCUGACAGCAGAAGAGAUAUUUAAACACUACAACAAAUUUGCUACAAGCCGUGCUACGAGGUACGGUAGAAUGUUGAAAGAUGAAGUACCGCCCGAAGAUGAUGAAGCUCUCUUAAAGAAGACCAAAAAAGGUGAAAAACAAAACGAGAAAGCUAAAGAAGAAAAGAAAGAUGGAAAAGCUGACGAAAGAAGAAAAGAAGACGGCGAAAGCAAAACCAAACAAGAUGAAAGUCAAAGCGAGAAAGCGAAAGGAGAGAAGAAAAAAAAUGAUGGUGAAGAUAAAAUAAAAGAUGGAAAGAAAGAUAGUAAUAAAAAUGGAAGGCAAAAACCUGUUGAUGAACUUUGAUAAAAUAAUUAUAUUUUUGGUAAUCGAUUAAUCUUAUAGAAUUGAUAAUGUGAUAAAUAUCGUACUUAUACUCGUCGAUGCCUUAAUGUAAAAUAAAUUUUUAUUUGUUGUUAGGAACUGUGAUUAUUGGAAAAU